UCGACUGGCAAACAAAAUCAUUCAUUUUCAUAUCAGAUUUUUACAGAGAAAUUAAUUAGUAGCGCUUGUUUAUUUUCGCCUGGGGUGAUUCGCAUGACACCUGUUACUAGGUUUGCUGUGGAUUAAGUGAGUUUUGUGUGCAAGUCAGGAAGGUUUUUGUGCUCUAGUUCUUCCAUGUGCCCAGCAAUCGAAAGGACGCCUGUUCAGAAUCAUCAGAAACGCCGUUGAUUCCCAAGCUCCGUAUAAGACUUGUGUACAUUGAUUUGCGUCCUUUGGAGAUGAAGCUGCUUUUGUGCGCCAACUAUGCACUAGAUCAAAGAACUCUUACAAAGAACUUUAGAAGACUUACUGUUGUGAUUUCAUGAGAAGCAGAUAUAAUUUAAAAAAAAAAACUUAAAGAACAGCAAAAAGUGACUUCUUAAGUAGCACAAGUUCAGAUAAAAGGAUUAAACCUAUAUCUCACGAUGAUAUAACGAAGUAUCGAUAAUGAAUGACGUCAUACCUUUAUGCGAACCAUGUUCAAACGAUAUUUUAAGAAUGGAAUUUGAAUUUUGUUUGAGAAAGAGGUUAGAUGAAUAUUUGUGGGUCAAAGAUGUCCUCGUUGGAAGCCACGCCGUCGAAGAAGAAGCAGUGCAAUGUGAUAACCGUCAGCGAACCAAGAUUGAGGUCAUUUACAGACGUCGGUGACGUCAUCGAUACUGCCCGAUUGUCUUGUUCUGAAAAGGAUCAUUGCGCAAAGAUACUGACGGACCUCAACGAGGAGACGGCGCGCUACUGCAUCCUCGCCUCCCUGCUGGGCACGCGCACCGACUGCGACCUCCUUCGCCGGAAGUUGAAGAUGGCGCGUUUACGUAUGUGGGACCACGCGAAACAAGCUCAAAUUAAACUUAUUCCCGUAUUGAAAAGGUCUCGGUCCGGGCUAAACGAGGACCUUGAGAGGAUGUACCGAGCCUUCUCUGCGUGUCUCGAGUACCUUGAAGAGCAGUACUUUACCACUUUACUCGUGCAGGCGGAGUUCACCAUCCAGUCAGAGCUAGAUGUUCUGAUACACGCCGGGAUGUCAGAGAACCCGUUAUCAAAGAAACAGCACGACAAACUCGUGGUGGACCGACUCCCUGGCACAGACAUCCUCUCAGUGAAAAGUUUCGGUAGCGGCGACGUCCUCUCCACCGGCGUAGAUGAAAACUUGCAGAGGGAGAUAGACGACCUGCGGGAGCUGAUAUACUCGAUGAACCAGAGUAUCGCCAUCCAGUCCUGGGAAAUAGACCCGGAGAUUGAGACGGAAAAGUUCACCAUUACUGUCGAUAAUGGGGAGUCUUUUGCAGAAAGUACAACUAAUACAGAACAACUAUCUGAGGAUAACGAGGGCAGGAAGAUUCGGUGUGUCUCCAUAGUGAUAGUGAUUAUUAUGGUUGUGAUUGUUGGGGGCAUUGUGGGAAUACUGAUGGGUGUGCUCGAUUGAAAACAUUUAUAGAAACAUCCAACCAAUCAGAAGUCGACUUAAGUACAGACCGUUGCAAAUAGAAACUGUGAAUAUCACACGGAUUAUUAAAAUGCCGGUGUGACAGUGAACGAACAUACUGAGACACAACUCUGUGCGAGAAAUGGUGAGCUCAAAUAUGCAAGUGUCGGGCAUUUUCUUUGCUUAACCAACGAAAUAGGAUGGUUAUGACCUGUUGCUUGUUCUUGAGAAUUUUCCUUCAGACAUCAUCAGACGCGAACCAAGUCUGUCAUGUAAGAGAUAGCCCUUGGAGGAAAUUGAAUAUUUUAUGCAAUUUCAUAACAACUAUUGCAUGCAAAUAUGUCAUAGACAUACCGAAAGAGUGAAAUGAAGAGGUGUUUCUUUUACUAUAUAUUGCCUCAAUGCAAACUGAAUGGGUUUGAAUACGAAACACAUUUUCUAAAACAUAUAUUUUAAUAUACAUGUUUCGCUGGGUACAAUAUUAAACAAUCACACUGUAUGUAUCCUUUCAAAUAUGUUUUUAUUUGUGUUUAACGAUAUGCCAAAGUGAGAUUGAAAUUGAAAUUGUGUGAAAAAAACAAGCUUAUUGUUUUCAACUAUUAUUAAUUAUCUUACAAAAUUUCACCAAUACAUUCCGAAUGAUAAGCACACAUUGUUGGGUUGUUUAUUUAUAGCAAUUUCAGUUUUGUUCGGUUGUUUGUGCAAAAAGUAAGUUUUCAACGCAAAAAGCCUGGUUCUUAUUGCAGAGUGUACUUCAGAGUUUAAAAUUGUGUUGAAAUAUAGUACAGGGUUAUGCUACGUUUACACUAAGUUCCCGGUGGCCACGGCAGCCCCGUUUGCCCGAAACGUAUUGCGCAGUGUGAUUUUGGCCAUUUUUGUCUCCAUAAACAAGUUUUGUUAGGUUGUGCUAAGUUUCCUCACGUUUUGUCAAGGUAACCGUGACAAGCCUUAGGGGCGAAAAAGUGGUUCGUCCAUGGCCCACUAAGGUCCUGGCGCGGUCUACCAAGGAUGCAUGUACGUUGCGUCCCGGUCCGAUACGUUCUGAUGGGAUCCCUCACGUUGUUCACGUCUUCAUCCAGGUCUGAUGCGUUUCCCACGUUUUGUCAAGGCUUCCUAUGCAUCGAACGCGAACACCGCAGAAGUUUGGGUUACGUUUGUGUCCACGGUAUAAAUAAAAUCCCCCGAACAACAGCAAUCACUGUAUCACUGUAUCAGAAUACUUCUACAAGUAAACAUGAAUUCACAAGAUGAAGAAGAUUUUGUGUUUUCACCGCAAAUGAAACGUAACGAAACGGCUAUCGUUAACCCUAGCUUGCCGUGAAAACCGUGACAAAACGAAGCACAACGUGACAAAACUGGAAAGGAACUUCAGAUGCCGGGGAUUACAUAUGAUUCCCGCCCCCCUACGGACGAUUUUUAAGUUGUGUAACGGACUAUUACGUACUGUCACGUACUGUCACGUACUGUCACGUGUCAUUACGUUUACCCCGUUUUACUACGACCUAAUACGUGUAUCAUCCUCACCGUGGCUGCCGUGGCAAAUUUUUUGACAGUUUAAAAUUCUGGCCCGGCAUGCCCGGCAAUAACGGUCUGUCACGUUUGCAUAUCUCGUUCUCCCGCGCCGUCUCACG